UCAUGGUCCGCGGCGUCAACGGCGGUAACGUGGGAAUCACUAGCUGGCCCGUGCAGUAGCUGGCGGGUCUCGUGCCCUGCUGACGUGCCGCCCCGGCUCUUACACGUGCUCUCUCUCUCUCUCUCUCUCGUGCUUACGUGCCUCGCCGCGGGGCGUGAAGGGAUUGUUGCUAAGUGUUGGUUGUCUGUGUAUCUGAGUGACACAUGAAACACACUACCCUGGUGUAGAGCAGCCACCAUGCCGCGUCCCUGCCGCGAGAGUUACGGGGAUCAGAAGCCGCCGUACUCGUACAUCUCCCUGACGGCCAUGGCCAUCUGGAACAGCCCGGAGAAGAUGUGCACGCUGGCAGAGAUCUACAAGUUUAUUAUGGACAACUUCCCCUACUACCGCAAGAACACUCAGCGCUGGCAGAACUCCCUGCGCCACAACCUCUCCUUCAACGACUGCUUCAUCAAGAUACCCCGCCGGCCAGACAGGCCCGGCAAGGGCGCCUACUGGACUCUACACCCGUCCGCCAUGAAUAUGUUCGAGAACGGCAGCUUCCUCCGCCGCAGGAAGAGGUUCAAGAUACCCAAGCCCGAGAAGGCGGCGCUGGAGGCCGGCCUGGCGCACCUGCACGGGCGGCCCCUCGACCCCCUGGAGGCGCCGCGGCUGACGGAGGGCAGCUCCUGCCCGGAGAUACAACAGCACAACAAACAGCCCUUCACCAUAGAAAACCUGGCCGCCUCGGAUGCCAAGCCGCCCACGCUAACCGCGCCUACGCCCAUGUACCCGCCCGGCACCCACAUGGCCCACCUUAACGCCCACCUGGCCACCCUGAGAGGGGUGGGAGCCUACGCGGGGAGGAACCUGGGCUUCGGGGCGUUGAGUCCCCACAGUCUCCUGCCCCACCAGGAGGCGGCACUCACGCCCACGUCCCUCCCGUGCUCUCUGGGCACCGCCUUCAGCCAGUCUCUCAACAGUACCUUCAACUGCUCGCUCAGCACCUCCCUCAACAACUCCCUCAGCGGGCACCUGGCCGCCUCUCUCGGCGGCUCCUUCGGCAGUUCCCUCGGGGGCCUCGGAGGGCUCGGGGGCCUCGGGGGCCUGGGCCCCGCCGUCGGCCAUUUAGGGAGCUCGAUGCCAUCCAGUCUGGCCACGUCACUGCAGCAGCUGUACAGCGCCGCCCUGGCGCAGAUGCCCGGACUUCACACCCACGCGGGCGGCCUGCCUUCCCCCUUGGUCCGUCUCCCGCCGCCCACGCUGCCCCUGCCGGUGCCGGUGCGACCCACGCCCCUGCCACCCGCCCUCUUCCACGCCCUGCCACCCAGCAACCCGCCGGCGCUGCCCACCCUGCCGUCUCUCUCCCUCUUCCACCCCAAGCUGCGCUGCGCCGCCCCGCUCCUGCUGGAGGACAUCCUGCCGGAGGACGGCGGCGCCAUAGAGGCUCCCAGCGAGGGUAAACAUUCUCCCGCCCGCGUCGCCGACGCCACCCUGCGGCGACCUGCGGCGGCCUCACCUCCCGCAGGCGGCGCCACCGCCUCGCCGCAGGGACGGGUCAUAUGACAGUAGUGACAGCGGGUCGGGUGCCCGCCUGUCCUCAUGCUGCCAAAUGUGGAACUGUCCAAAGUGGAGAGGAACACCACCGCCGGUGACGCCCUAGUUCACACUCACAACUGACUGUUGUGUAGAUACAAGUGUCAUGUAUAGUGGCGUGUGUGUGUGUGUGUGUGUGUGUGUCAGGGUGCCGGAGAGGACACGACAGUGCCACGCUCCUGGUGGACGGUGCCACGCUGAAGUCUUCCUCCAAGACAGUGCCGCGGAGGGGUAGUGGUGAACCAGUGCCGCUCUUGGACAGUGCCAGGAGACGCCUGCUCCUAAAGGUGAACAGUGCCGCGGUAAGUGACGGAGGGAGAGCCAGAGGCGCCUGCUGGUGCACGACUAACAGUGACCUGUAACCCACCAAGGAGUGGCACCGUGGCUACCGCAGUGCUUCAAAGGGCGGCGUAGUGUUCCGGAGGGCGUCACAGUACUCCGGAGGGCGUAACAGUACUCCGGAGGGCGUCACAGUACUCCGGAGGGCGUCACAGUACUCCGGAGGGCGUCACAGUAUCCCGGAGGGCGUCACAGUACUCCGGAGGGCGUCACAGUACUCUGGAGUGCGUCACAGUACCCCGGAGGGCGUCACAGUACCCCGGAGGGCGUCACAGUACUCCAGAGUGCGUCACAGUACUCCAGAGUGCCCCACAGUACCCCGGAGAGCCCCACAGGGCUCACAAGGGCUCCGUAGUGCUACGUAAGAAGGCGUAGUGCUCCCGAGAGCUCUUCUCCAGCCUGGCUGAGGGCCGCCGUGGCGCCUCACCUACAAGGGCGUCCCCCCACACCUGCAGGAGCUCCAGCGCCCAACGGACGCCUACAGUUCGCCGUCCCUUCGUCACCGUCACACUGGAGGAGGUGUCCGCCCAGCAUCCAGUAGCAGGGGCGUCCUUCCGUGGCAUCCCUCAGGAAGAAGCCCUCAAGCACCCCCCCCUCA